CAGAUGCUGCCUACGCCCCUGCAGAGCAUUGCUGUGCGAGCCCCGCUCCUCCAGCGGUACUGUACUGUGCAUGGCCUACUGCAGCUACAGCUCCAACGCGUGGAGGCAAGAAUGACACCGGCGCUCCCCUACAUCAAGACAACCUGAUCGUAAGGACGGAUCUGUUUCAUUUCUAGAUUUAAAAAUACCACAAUAAUGGCGCUUGUCAUUGCACCUUUACGGACACGCUUGAUCUCGGCUGUUUUUACAUUCAUUACACUAUGGGGAUGUGCGCUUUCCAUCACUCGGUACUCUAUACCGGAGGAGAUGGAAGAGGGCUCCUUUGUUGCCAACCUGGCCACAGAUUUGGGUCUGGAUGUUCGCAGUUUGGUGCAGCGCAGAGCAAAGCUCGAUGUCAUUCACAGCAAAAAUUACCUUGACAUCAACAAAGAAACAGGGGAGCUCAUAAUCCGCGAGAAGAUAGACCGGGAAAGCAUAUGCAUGACUAAAACAACCUCGUGCUUUCUGAAAAUGGAUGUCAUACUUGAAAACCCAAUUCGCAUUUUUAACAUCGAGUUAGAAAUCAUGGACAUCAACGACAACGCGCCUGUGUUUCGCAGAAGGACAAUACACUUGGACGUUUCGGAGGCAACCCCUCCCGGUGAGAGAUUUUCAUUGACAAACGCCGUGGAUGCGGAUGUGGGGGCGAAUUCAAUCAAGACCUACUAUCUCAGCAAAAGCAAAUACUUCAACAUCGAUAUACAAACUGGCAGGGAUGGCUCCAAAUAUGUCGAUUUAGUGCUCAACGGUAAUUUGGACCGAGAGGAGCAUGCAGUUCAUAAUUUGAUUUUAACCGCUGUGGAUGGAGGGGUGCCUCCCCGCUCCGGCACAGCCAGCAUCAUUCUUAAUGUCCUGGAUAUCAAUGACAACGCCCCCAUGUUCAGUCAGCCGGUGUUUGCAGUCAACGUUUCAGAGAACUCGGCUGCAGGGACAGUGGUCAUGACCUUAAACGCAACAGACUUGGAUGAAGGCACAAACGCUCAGUUAAUAUACUCAUAUACACUGUACACCUCAGAGAAGACUCAAGAGCUCUUCUCACUUGAUCCAAACUCAGGUGAGAUCAAGGUGAAGGGGGUGAUCGAUUAUGAGGAGAGUCAGAGUUUUGAGAUGCACAUACAGGCUCAGGACAGAGGGGCGAACCCGCGCUCAGGACACUGUAAAGUCAUGGUGUUCAUCACAGAUCUGAACGAUAACUACCCUGAGGUGACCGUCAAGUCUGUGAAAAGUACACUGACUGAGGAUGUCUCUGUAGGGACACUGAUUGCAGUGGUCAGUGUCAGUGACAGGGACUCUGGGGUCAACGGGGAAGUGGAGCUCACUUUGAAUCAGCAAGAAUCUUUGCCGUUCCUCUUAAACAAAUCCUCAGAGGGUUACUUUGAGCUGCUGGUUUCAAAGCCACUGGACAGAGAGAUAAUAAGCAAAUAUGACAUCACACUGAGGGUGACAGACAAAGGCUCGCCGCCCUUAUCUGAAAAUGAAGCCAUCACUUUAGAUAUUCUGGAUAUCAAUGACAAUGCACCCGCAUUCCCCCAGUCCUUCUACACAAUCCAUGUGGUGGAGAAUAAUCUACCUGGUGCGUUAUUGACGUCUCUUAGUGCGUUUGACCCAGACCUCAAUGAGAACCAGUACUUGGUUUAUUUCAUAAUGGAGAAGGAGAUUGUUAACACGUCUAUGUCAAUGCUGUUCUCCAUCAAUCCUGAGAAUGGUGAUCUUUAUGCCCUGAAGACCUUUGACUAUGAGAGAGAGAGGGAUUUCCUUUUCCACAUUGAGGCUAGAGACUCUGGUGUUCCCCCGCUAAGCAGCAACGUGACAGUUCACAUCAUCGUUCUGGACCAAAACGACAACACUCCUCUCAUAGUGUCACCUUGGCGGGCGCAGGGCUCUGUCGUAGAGGAGGUGAUACCGAGGUCCACAGAUAAGGGGCACUUGAUAGCCAAAGUGAUUGCUAUUGAUGCCGAUUCUGAGCAGAACUCCAGGGUCACAUAUCAGCUCCUGCAGAUCAGUGAUGCAACCCUCUUCAGCCUGGAUCAGUACAACGGUGAAAUCCGGACAACAAGGAUGUUCAGUUACAGAGACCCAAGACAACAGCGGCUGGUCAUUGUUGCCAAAGACAACGGCGAACCUGCUCUCUCUGCUACUGUCACCAUCAAGAUAACAACAGUGGAACAUGUCAUGUCCUUUUCAGAGACCACAGAGUUGCCAAUAGAGUAUGACGUCUUCACAGACCUAAACCUGUACUUAGUAAUCGGUUUAGGGGCUGUGUCAUUUCUGCUACUGAUAACCAUCUUGGUUAUUAUUGUGCUGAAGUGUCAAAAACCAAAGCCAAAGGCCAUCAAGAUGCCCCCAGCCAACAGAAACAGUGUGAUCAGCAGGAACAGCGUGAUCAGCCAGAGAAGCUCCACCAUCGCAGAUUCCACCCUGAUCUCCAGCGAUGCCUACUGGUACAGUUUGUUCCUCGCAGAGACCAGGAAGGGCAAAGUGGUCGUGAGACAGCCCAUAAUUCCCAAAGGAGCUGGGUAUUUUGUAUCCAGUAUACCCAGAAGCAUAGGGCCAAGUGAGACCACAGACUCCAGAGCAUCCACACUGGAGUACUCAAAAUGAAAGGAAGUCCAUUCUACAACUGGAGCAGGAACCCAGAAGAGAACUGCCAUGAUAUAAUCAUCUCUUCAUGGGAGUCUCUUGCUGAAAUUCUUCCCUGUGACUCACAACGAAGAUGUAAAACAGCUGUCCUCCCUCAGUCCCUCUGCUCCAACUGUUCAUUCUCGCUAGCUCCUCCAAUCCCCCGUACAAACAUCGACCACUAAUCACCUCAGCUUUCUUCCUUCUUUUCUCUUUUAAGCAUGAAUCUGCAUGAUUCUACAACAUGUUCAAAAUAUUUGGACAUAGAAUUGAAAUCAUUUAUGGCAGGAUAUUUGGACAUUUUUAGAGUUGCCUCAUGUAGUAAAUCAUUUCCUCUUUAAUGCUCUGAAACUCCUCAAUGGACAAAUUUGCCUUCACUCCAGGGUUUACGCUGUGUGCUGUAGUUCUAGAAACAGUAGCUCGCUAUAUACGCAAGUCGCCAUCAUGCAACCUUUUUUAAGCAAAAGUUCAAAACACGCCUAUUCACAAAUACACAUAUGAAUCAGGGUAAAUAUAAUUCUUCCAUAAAUCUGAUAAAUACUGAACUGUAGCUGGUUAUGUCACUGAUUCAGGCUUUGCACUUGGUGUUUUCUUUUUUGAACAAUGAUUUCUACUGUAUUGUGAGUCUUGCUGUUUAGCAAGGCUCAUACUGUCAUACUAGUAACUUGCCGAUGAAAUAACCAAUGAUCGAUGAUUUUAGAUUUCUCAAUUUUUUACAAUGUUUGUUGUACGCAACAGUGAUGAAUGUGUGAAAAUGACAAAAAAAAUAAGGAAAGAAAAGACAGCUGAAAAAAAGGCAAAAACAAACAAACACAGGGGAUACAUUUUUUCUCUUUUUAUUUGAUUUUAGAUACUGUAGUUGUAUAAAAAUGAGAAUGAGGUCUGGUGUGCAAUUAUAAAGCAUCUGACCAGGCACACAGUCAUCUGGCUGUAUAGGGGAGACACGAAUUACACUGCAAUAUUGAAUUUUCUGAACCAUGAUCAUGUUCAGGUUCAAAAUCUAGUGUACACUGUUUCAGCCUGUCUCUUCUUGUUGGGGUGAGUGAGCGAGGGUGCAUGGGGGGGUCCUCAGAUCACAUUUUUAUUCAGAGCCACUCUGACAUAACAAAUUAGGGAGGGGCCAGAGUGGGCAGCAUGUAAAACAUUGAAACAUGAUGAACCAUAUUUUUCAAAACAGGGUCAAAUGUCAGGUCAACGUUCUUUGUAACAGGGUUUUGCUUAUCACACUUAAUAUAAGAUAAGCUAUUAUCUUCCCAAUCUAAUUCUCACUGACUUUCCCCAGGGUGAUAAAGCUGGCACUUCAAAAUAUGAACUGCAUUCCUUCAUUGCACACAGUGCAAAUCGUAUUACUCAGUUAAAAAAUACAAUUGUGGUGGAAAUGAAAAAAAAAAUUGUAAUGAUAAAUACUCUGUUUAUUGAAAAGAGUAAGAAUAUUAAAAUGUAUUUAUCUUUGCCAUGGUACAAGGGAAUAUAAGGUCCAGGCAAGGUGUUGUUUUAUGAAUAUUCAUGUUUUUCUAGAUAUUUUAUGUGUUAACUUUUAAUGCUGCUUUUGUGAGCUUCUUCAAGGGCAUUUUAUGUUGCAUAUUUGUAGUUUAGUGCAUAUGAUGUUGUUUUGAUAGGGUACAUAAGUUAAAAUUGAAUCUAGAGUACUUUUCUUGACCUCAAAAGGUAGCGCUGUUGCACUACUGCAAAGCCCAGGACUUUAAUUUCUCAGAAGCAAGGAGCUUAUUAGGACCACUUAUUACGGUGCUAAAUGAUCAAAUCUAAUUGGGUGGGGUCAGGAGGUUGGAUGGUGAGAAGGAGAACAUAGUGUUAAUUAUAAUUGCAGUAUUCUAGUGCUGACUCAGCAAGUAAAAAAAAACCCCACUGCUGAACACAUAGACAGUGCAUAAAAAAGUAUUAAGCAGAUGACAGCACUUUGAAAUAUGCACUGAAUCUAAAUGUGAUUGCAGCACUCACUCAGUAACGCAGUGAAGAGAGAAUAUUUCUAGAUGUAUCGAGUCAGUGAAAUCUAGCCUCCCUUUUCCUCUCUCGCUGCUGACUGGUGUUGUUGUUACACCAGGCAGCCCAGACAUAAACACAGCUGGCUGUCUCUCUGUCUGUCAGACUAAAGAUGUCACUUAAUGAGGGAUCUCUUGCUGUGGAGUACAUGUUAUGUGUGCGAUCGGUGUUUAAAGAAUGAAUAAAUUGCACAUAAUGAUGAGCUCCUUGUGUGCCUUCUGCAUUGUAAAAGAUAUAUGUGACUGUUGAUGAAUGAAAUAAUGGCAUGUCAUACAGUAUUACAAAUUACAGUUACCCCAAUGAUAAAAUACCUUGAAUUGCUAAGGCGUUGUUGGAUAGGGCCUCAGCCUAUUGGUUGAGCAGAUGUUCUAUUUAGAACCAGUAGAUGCAUUUAUUGUAAAUUGAACUGCUUUAUACUUUGUGUUUUUUAUACAGUAGACUUUUUUGAUAUCUCUGUAUUCACUGUGAUCAAAUGGCACAGGAGGCGUUUGUGCUUGGCAUAGUAAACGUGUGUUAUUUCUCGUUUGUGUACACAGCUCAGUUUUUCCUCUGCUAAUUUGCCAGUCAGAUUGUACAGUAUGCUUCGAGAGUUGCAUCAAACCUAAUCCAGUUCCAUCCCACUCAGUAGAUCAAAGACAGUAUGGGAGAGAAUGGUCUUGCUUUAUUUUCAAGUCUAGUUAAGUGUCAGAAUUAGAUGUUGCUUAUUUGGCUUAAAUGUUCUGCCUGAUCAUACUAGUUUGAAUAAAGAUUUUUAAUCUGUC